AUGCUUCUCAGGACAACACAUGCAAUCAAACCUCAAUCACACAUCUCGCGCAUAAUUGGGAUCCGAUUCAACUCUUCCUUGAAAGGUGAUGCUCAGAAAGAAGUCAAAGGUAUAAAGGAGCAAUAUGACAAGGCGAAAGAUGCAGCAACCGAAAAGGCAAACGUGUUGAAGAAAUCCGCUCAAGAAUCACCAAAAGCAUUGGAAAAACAAUUUGCACAAGAGAAAUCCAUCAAUGCUGAAGUGUUGAACAAGUAUAAAAAACAAUUGGAGCAAAAAGCAAAAGAGUUGGGCAUCAAUGACUUGAACCAGCUUAAGGAAAAGUUUAAAGACAAAAUUGAGAAAACAAAGAUUGAACUAGGCGCAGAAGAUCCAUUGAAGCAGAUUUUAGAAUGGGAAAAGCAGCAAAAGGAGAAAAGCACCGAUGGUAGUGUCAUCAAUGUCCGCAAGAUAGAUGAGAAGAAAGAAAAGCUUCCAUUCAAGGUGCUUAAUGAUUUUAUAGAUGUCGACAAGGCCAGAGGGUUGCCAGUAGAUGAUAUAAAGAUGAUUUGGAAACACAGAUUUCUAAAUAAGGAAAGAGCUUUGCAUGCAACGUUAGAUAAAAGGCAAUUCGCCGACAUUUACGCAAACGCUUAUAGGUUUCCCAACUUUGUCUUGCCAUUGCCCAAGCCACACAAUGAUGGAUACGAACUUGAAUUUGUGCAAUGGGCAUUUGUCGGCCCAAACACCAUACAUUGCAUGUUUACCACGUUAGCUGAGUACAAGUUAAAUAAGGAAUUUGCCAGACCUCAUACAACACUUAUAUUCCAUCAAGAGUUCAGCCAAGAUAAAGAUCUCGUAUUGAUGAAUGGAGUGAGUGAAAAGGAAGGAGGCUUAUCGAUGGAUGAGGCUCAGUUACUUGCUGUCAACUUGCAAAGAUUCUACAGUGGAAAGUUCCCGCAAAUGACCAAGUUGUUGAAGGAAUUCAACGAUGGAAGUACCAGCUUCAAUGUCGAUGAGUUGAUAAAAGAGGCUACAUCUGUAUAA